GGCCCGGCCCGGCCCUGCCCCGCCGCUCCCUUCCUUCCCUCUCCGCGCCGCACUCACAGCGUGACCCGGGAGACGGCGAUGCGGACGGGCACGCUGCGCUCCUUGAAGGCGGUGGUGAUGAAGCAGCCGAAGUAGCACACAGUCUGUACUUCAGCCACCUCUUCCCUUCAUAUUUUAUGAAGAGUAGUAUUUGUGUUGUACCAAUGGGCCUGAGCUCCUGUUUAGAAAAGGACACAGCAGCUGCUUGAUGUUUCCCAGUCACUCCAGCUUCUGAAUUUCUUCAGAUUGAAAGAAAUGAGUAGGAUUUAUAAUUGCAAUUGGCUGGAAGUGCCAUGGGGAGAUGGAGAUUUAGGUUCUUGGGCAGAUCGCUCACCUCUGCAUGAGGCAGCCAGCCAAGGACGUCUUCUUUCUCUGAAGACUUUAUUGUCACAGGGGUACAAUGUAGACACACUAACAAUUGACCAAGUAACUCCACUCCAUGAAGCCUGCCUGGGAGACCAUGUAGGAUGUGCAAGAAUCCUCCUUGAAGCAGGAGCAAACGUAAAUGCUACAACAAUUGAUGGAGUGACACCUUUAUUUAAUGCCUGUUCGAGAGGCAGUGCAGCAUGUGCUGAGCUCCUGUUACAGUACGGUGCCAAAGCUCAGUGGGAGUCCUGUCUGCCAUCACCAACACAUGAAGCAGCCAGCAGAGGUCACAGUGAAUGUCUGGAGGUGCUCAUAUCCUGGGGUAUAGAUGUUGACCAAGAUCUUCCUCAUUUAGGAACACCUCUGUAUGUAGCUUGUGUUUCACAGCAGAUCCAUUGCAUUCGAAAGCUUCUUUAUGCAGGUGCCAACGUGCAGAAGGGAAAGCAUUUGCAAACCCCACUCCAUGCUGCUGCCCAGCAUUCUAGUACAGAGAUUGUAAACUUACUCCUCGAAUUUGGGGCAGACAUAAAUGCCAAAAAUUCAGAUUUUGAGAGGCCUGUUGAUUUAGCUGCCCCAAGCAGUUUAGUGGAGAGACUGCUGCUCUUCCACGAAGCCACACCAUCUUCUCUUUGUCAGCUCUGCCGACUAUGUAUCCGAAAUUACAUAGGAAGAGCUAGACUGCAUCUUGUUCCACAACUCCAGUUGCCAACAAUACUUAAGAAUUUCUUACAGUAUAGAUAACAUAGUAAUUGUUAGAAAAUUAAAUAUAGCAAGUACAUUUUUUUCUGUUUAUUGUACAUUUUAUCUAAGGAACUGCUGGGCGGAAAAAAAAAGCCUUUCGCAUAUUGCUUAAAAAAAUGUUAUCUUUGACACCUGGUGUUGGAAAUGUAAUAGUAAUUGGGAGCCAUUCAGCAACUAGUGCCAAGGUGCUAAUCCAGCUGAAUUGAAUAAGUGUGCUGAUACUCUGGGACAUGAUUGUAUAACUUUACCUUAACCCUUUAUAGCUUUAGUGCUGUUAACUUCAAUUGUGUUUAUGUUUUUAAAAUCUGUUUGACACACCUCAACCACAAAGAGUUUCUUCAUUAUUAUUUGUUAAGUUUGUCCAUUUAGAGUCAAUAUUUUAUGUAUUUUCAAAUCUCUGUUUUUUGUGUACCUAAAAAUACUUGGUCAUGGGUGCACUAUAUGCAUUGAUAAAAAUAAAACAAUUAAACAUCAA